AAGCCAUCUACCCCUUCUAGCAUGGAGACAGCAGAAGACCUUGCCUUGAAGUUAAAUGCUGCUGUGAGGGAGAGUAAUAUAAAAGAUGUGCUGGAGCUGCUGGAGAAAGGGGCAGAUGUGAACUCCAAAGCAGAAAGUGGCUGGACUCCACUGCAAAGCGCUGUGCAAGCUGAUGAUGAGGACCUGGUCCGGCUUCUGCUGGACAAGGGUGCUUGUCCACAUGCCAGGAAGGACAAUGGUGGCACUGCAUUUACUGAGGCAGGGAUAGUAGGAAAUGUGAAUAUACUGAAGCUCCUCCUUGAUCAUGGGUUAAAUAUUAAUGACCAUGAUGACAAUGGCUUCACAGCUUUCAUGGAGGCUGCGUGGUAUGGGAAGGAGGAAGCCUUGAAAUUCCUGUAUAGCAAAGGAGCAGAUGUGAAUUUGAGGAGGGUAGUUAGUGAGGAGAAAGCAAAACUGCAUAAAGGAGGUGUGACGGCACUGAUGGAUGCUUGUAAGGAGGGCCACUUCUCAGUUGUAAAAAUUCUUGUAGAAGAGAUGGGGGCUGAUGUGAACAUUUGUGACAACAAAGAUAGGAAUGCCUUGAUCCACGCCCUUGAGAAGGGUUGUGUCAAGGAAAUGUACGAGUCAGCUGUCUCCAUAGGCCUAUUCCUGAUGGACCAUGGUGUUGAUGUGACCAGCAAAGAUGAAUGUGGGAAAACAGCCCUCAUCCUAGCUGUUGAAAUGCGGAGCCUAGAUCUGGUGAAAGCUUUAUUGGAGAAGGGUGAAAUAGACAUUGAUGAUGCUGAUGAGGAGGGCAACACAGCACUGAUGGUGGCUGUAGAGAAAAAUGAUGAGAGUAUAGCAAAGUUGUUGUGUGAAAAAGGAGCAAGGACUACUGUUGGGAACCUUAUUGCUGUUGCAAAUAGGAAACGUGCUAAUAACAUGGUACGUCUUCUUCGCAUGUAUAAUGCCAAGUUUGUUCCAGAAACCCAUGAAGACUGGGAGCCAAACAGCAAACGCUGGAGGGACCAGCUGAAACAACUCUAUGAACUAUAUCGCCCUAUGAUUGGCAAACUGAAAACAUUUCAAUACAUCCAGCAGAGAAUUCGAAACACUUCCCAAGGUGGCAUCUACCUGGGGCUCUACAAUGGCACCGAGGUAGCAGUAAGAAUAAGACGCAGUACAGAGGGUGACAAAGAGAAAAGCUUCUUCGAACAAUGUGCUAACUGUGAACACCUUCUGAAGCUCUUCCAGUUUGAGAAGGCAAGAGGCUACAUGUACUUGUGCUUCCCACUCUGGGAGAAAGACCUUGAAGAACAUCUGCAGGAACCAGAUGGCUUACAAAUAGAUUACAAAGAUGCACUGAGGAUGAUCUUCCAGGCAGUGAGAGAGCUACACUCCCUUGGAUUUGCUCACGAGGAUCUGCAUCCCAGCAACUUUUUCAUAGAUUUAGAUGGCAAAAUUUACUUGGCGGACUUUGAUAACAAAAGAAAGUUGAUUGAAGGCAAAAAAGAACUUGUAAACUCAGAUUUAGAGGCCCUCAGCAGGCUUGUGCUGUAUGUUUUAACAGGGGGUAGGAAACCCCUUCAGCAAGUCAGUACCAAGGAUUUGGCUGCUGAUUCCCCAGAUUAUAAGGAGGCUCUGGACCUUGUAAGUAGCCUGGUCUCUCAUGAUGAACGAGGCUUGGAAGGUUUGAGCAAACAUCCCUUUUUCUGGAGCAAACAGAUCAGGUUCAAAUUCCUGAAGAGUAUAUGGAAUAAAAUCAAAGAUCUCAGCAACCGAAAAGCUAUCUUUCAAACUCGUAAAGCUACUGAACGCUUUCCUUAUCCACAGUGGACCAAGCAGAUUGACCAAGAUGUUUUGGUUAUCAUGAAAAACCCUAGGAAAGGAAGAUCAUUUGAAUAUAGCAACGAUGUCACCGACCUACUGAGGUUCAUCAGAAACCUGGAUGAACAUCCAGAUACCAGCAUCAGCAACAUAAUAGGAGACCAUGCUGAGUAUUUCUUGGAGGUUUUUCCAGCACUUACCAUUUAUGUCUACAACAGUUUACGCCGGAAUCCCAAAUAUAGUCACUUUGCAGACAUUCAGGACCAUUCUCCAUAG